CCCAUCCUUUUCAGAGGCCCAUUGAUCUCCAGGGUGUUCUUGGAAUUGGUAGUUAUUAUUUUGGCAUUCUUUUCCUAUGGUUGCCAUUUUUUCAAACCAGAUAAAGUUACCGGUACUUUUUUUUCCUGACAGCAGCCGCAAUUAUCUGACUUCAUGUGAAAGAUGGCUAAUGCAGAAGUGAGUGUCCCAGUUGGGGAUGUGGUUGUGGUACCCACUGAAGGAACUGAAGGGGAGAACCCUGAAGACACUAAAACCCAAGUGAUCUUACAGUUACAGCCUGUGCAACAAGGUUUGUUUAUCGAUGGACACUUUUACAACAGGAUUUAUGAAGCCGGGUCAGAGAAUAACACGGCAGUUGUAGCAGUAGAAACGCACACGAUACACAAAAUUGAAGAAGGAAUUGGAAAAGAUACUUUUAAUGAUCAAUUGAUCAGCCCCAAGCAUUUUGUUCAUCUGGCUGGCAAGUCUACUCUAAAGGACUGGAAGAGAGCUAUUCGUCUGGGUGGAAUCAUGCUGAGGAAAAUGAUGGACUCUGGACAAAUUGACUUUUACCAACAUGACAAAGUUUGCUCCAAUACCUGCAGAAGCACCAAAUUUGAUCUUCUGAUCAGCAGUGCAAGAGCUCCAGUGCCAGGACAGCAGACAAGUGUGGUGCAGACACCCACUUCGGCCGAUGGUAGCAUCACACAGAUUGCCAUCUCAGAAGAGAGCAUGGAAGAAGCAGGGCUGGAAUGGAACUCAGCUCUCACUGCUGCUGUCACCAUGGCCACAGAGGAGGGUGUGAAGAAAGACUCAGAGGAAAUUUCAGAGGACACAUUGAUGUUCUGGAAAGGAAUAGCUGACGUAGGGCUGAUGGAAGAGGUUGUCUGCAAUAUACAGAAGGAAAUAGAUGAGCUACUCAGGGGAGUUCAGCAGCGGCUCGUCCAGGCUCCCUUCCAGGUCACAGAUUUCAAAUACCACUUCAAGGGGCGGCGCCUGUGGCUCAUAGAAGAUGCCUUCAACCACGGUUACCACACGCGCACCCGCGUGCGCACCCGUGCAAGUACAAACGGCUUGGAGAAAGCAGCUAUGGCAGAUAAAAGUCUUUUCUUUUUUUGUACAGACUUGGAACGCCAGUUGGAAGAACAGAAGAAGCAAGCUCAGGAUCAUAGGCAGAAAUCCCAGACGGUUCAAAAUGUGGUACUGAUGCCUGUGAGCACUCCUAAACCUCCAAAAAGGCCCCGGCUCCAGCGGCCAGCCUCCACCACUGUCCUGAGCCCUUCUCCUCCUGUCCAGCAGCCUCAGUUCACAGUCAUCUCUCCCAUCACCAUCACACCAGUGGGUCAGUCAUUUUCCAUGGGCAAUAUUCCAGUGGCUACCCUCAGCCAGGGCUCCAGUCCUGUGACUGUCCACACACUUCCUUCUGGCCCUCAGCUCUUCCGCUAUGCCACAGUGGUCUCUUCUACCAAGAGCAGCUCACCAGACACAGUGACCAUCCAUCCUUCAUCCAGUUUGGCACUGCUAAGCUCUACCGCCAUGCAGGAUGGGAGUACCCUGGGCAAUAUGACCACCAUGAUGAGCCCUGUGGAGUUGGUGGCCAUGGAGUCUGGCCUGACCUCAGCAAUCCAGGCUGUUGAAAGCACCUCAGAGGAUGGGCAAACCAUCAUUGAAAUUGACCCAGCCCCAGACCCAGAGGCUGAAGAUACUGAGGGCAAAGCAGUCAUCUUGGAAACAGAGCUGAGGACUGAGGAGAAAGUUGUGGCUGAAAUGGAAGAACACCAGCAUCAAGUCCACAAUGUGGAGAUUGUGGUCUUAGAGGAUUAACUGGGAGUCUUUUGGGGCCAGGAGAUAUGUUUUGGUUUGGAAUUUUAAUUAUUUGUUUAUUUUUAUCAUUGUCCCACUCAUUUCCACAUAGGAUCCUUCUAU